AUCCACUAUCCAACAGAGUGAGACAUCUCCUCUUUUUCCGCCUCUCUGCUGCAAACCGUGGUUCCGCCCUGCAGGAAUCUCUUCUGCAGUAAUGGACUCUAAACACUGGGCGAAGGUCUGCUGCUAACGACUAGGUUGCUACAUUUCUAGGCAGGAAUGAGACUGCCCCACAAGCUGAGCUCAAGAUGAGAGAGUGGUGGGUUCAUGUGGGUCUGAUCUGCAUCCCUCUGGUGGCCGUCUACCUGCACAUCCCUCCUCCUCACCUGUCAUCUGCCCUGCAGAAGUGGCACAGUGCCGGGGACCUGUUCCACUUCAGAGGCAGGGACAUCUUCUAUAGAGAUUCCUAUGGUGCUUUGGGAAGCUCUGAUGUCAUCAUUCUGCUCCACGGCUUCCCCACCUCCAGCUUCGACUGGAUCAAGAUCUGGGAGCCUCUCAAUCAGCGCUUCCAUCGGGUCAUUGCACUGGACUUCCUGGGUUUUGGCUUCAGUGACAAACCUCGACCCCACAGGUACUCCAUCUUCGAGCAGGCCAGUGUGGUGGAGGCCCUGGUGGCUCACUUGGGUCUGAGCAACCAGCGAGUGAAUCUGCUGUCCCAUGACUACGGAGACACUGUGGCCCUGGAGCUGCUCUACAGAAGUGACCAAAACCGCACAGGUCACCUGACCAUUAACAGCCUGUGUCUUUCUAAUGGAGGAUUAUUCCCAGAAACACAUUACCCACGUUUGAUUCAGACGCUUCUGAAGGACUCCAGUAUUCUGGCUGCCAUUCUGACGCGGAUCACCAACUAUAUGAUCUUCCAAAAAGGGCUUGAAGACGUGUUCGGUCCGUACACGCAGCCCACAAGCGCGGAGUACUGGGACAUGUGGACGGGUUUACGCUACAACGAUGGCAACUUAGUGAUGGACAGUGUUCUUCAGUUCAUCAACCAGAGAUCGAAACACAGAGAUCGAUGGGUGGGCGCGCUCACUUCCACCUUCGUCCCGCUGCACAUGAUCUACGGACCACUGGACCCAGUCAACCCUCAUCCUCAGUUCAUCCGUCUUUACCAGCUGCUGGUCCGGAGGUCAACGAUCACCAUUUUGGACGAACACAUCAGUCACUAUCCACAGCUGGAAGAUCCCACCGGCUUCCUCAAUGCAUAUUUAAAUUUUAUUCACUCCUUCUGAGGGGAUAAGAAACGCAACGCCCCGUGUUCAUGAAUGAAUUCAGACCCCUUAACAAGCUGUUUGGUAUUUUUGCAACACUUAUUCAAAGCGACAAAAGGUCACAUGUAGUGCAAAGACCUUUCCUGAUGAUUGUAACCAGGGCUAAUGCUGCAUCAGUUUCAAGUUUAGUUUGCGAGUGAUGGGCUAAUUUACCGGCAUCAAUACCUAAAAUGUCAAUUACUACAAGGGAAGACAUAAUAUGUGAGCUAGAAACAUGAUGAUGCAACUGAAUGACUCAUCUGAUGGUGACCGUGUUAAUUUAUGUUCCCUCUUUCAGCAUUAUACUGAAAGUUCUGUUAGGUUGUGUGAUAAUUGAAUUUAUCUGUGGGACCGUUUUGAUUCCUUCCAUUUUCUGCUCUGAGUCCUGCAAUCAGCUGCAUUCUGAAUGAUUUGUUUCUGAAUGAUUUUCUACAUUUCUCGCCGAAAUGUCAAUUUUUCUUCAAAUAAAACUAGUUUUGUAAAAAAAAAAAAAAAAAAAAAAAAA